UUGGCAUGUGGUCUCCACAAUUAAGGUGGGGCAGCUGGGUGUCUAGGAGCAAGAGAAUUCAACAGGGCAGAAACCAGCAUAGCGGCCCCAGGAUGAGCUCCACUUCCAGCAAUCCUGAAGAUGGAGACACCACCGAGCAGUCACAGCUGGGGCUGGACACCGUGAUCCAGAAGUUGGAGGACACCAUCCUGAGCCCCAUGGCCAACAGGGAAGACCGGGCACUGACUGUGCGUGGGGAAGGUCAGCGCGCCUUACCCACCCCUGUACCAGCCCGCAUCCGAGAGAUUGUGUCAGGCAGCCUGGUGGAGGAACCACUCCCAGGACUGCGGGAGCUGCCAGCUACUGCAACCCACGCACAGGAGGAGAGUGAACUCCUGCAAGAGGAGCUGGCCCGCUUGGAGGAUCUGCUGGCUCAGGCAGAUGCUGAGAGGGAGGAACUGGCUAGCAGGUGUCAUAUGGUCAGCCAGAGGCUGCAGGCCCGCCUGGAUACCACUGAGGCCCGGCUUCGGAAGUCAGAGCUGGAGCAUAGCAUGGACUUGGAGGAGGCACUUAGCCGGCUGGAGGCCUCGCAGCAGAGGAGCAUGGGCCUCUCCCAAGUAAACAGCCUCCUGCGGGGACAGCUGGAGCACAUGCAGAAGGCCAAUGACACAUUGGCCAGGGAGCUGGCCAGGACAACACACAGCUUGCUCCGCCUGCAGGGCAAGCUGGAGCUGCGGGAGACCCAAAGGUUGGGCCUGAGAGAGCCUCGGGAUAUCCUUCCGCUGUGGAGACAAGCCAAGGCUCUGCAGACACACCUGGCUGAGCUUCGGGCUUCCACUGAGAGGGCUCUCACUGAUGCUCAGGCAGACAUGGCCCGGACGGCCCAACGCUUGCAUGUGGCCUGCCUGAGCCUCGACUCCCACCUGCAGCUCUCAGCCAGCAGCAAGACCAGUGACCUGGAGCAGAGGCUGAGGGAGCAGGCCAGGGAAAUGCUGCAGCUGCAGGGCCACUGGGCUGCUGAGAAGGUGGCGCUACAAGCCAGACUUUCAGAGCAGACACUGCUGGUAGAGAAGCUCUCUGAGCAGAAAGAAGAAGGGGAGAGAGCCAUCCUGACACUCAAGGCGGACAUCCAGAGACUGGUUUGUGGGGUGGGGAAUGGGGUGCUUUGCCAUGGGUGCAUGUCUGCCUGGCUCAGGAGUCUCUGUCCACAGAAAUCCCGGCGCAGUGGGGGCCAGCUGGUUGCUGACGAACUGAGGGAUGAGCUGGAAGUACUGCACCAUGUCCUGGCCAGCAUCAAGGAGGUGGCCCAGGCAGAUGUAGUGUGUCCAGAGUUGACCAGGAGCAGCAGUGGUGAAGUCAGGGAGCUACCGGGCCAACUGAGGAGCCCCCCACGUUCUCUAUCACCCCACUGGCAUUUGUCCCCAACACGGACCAGCCCUCCAGCCAGCCUGGACCCUGCACUGCAGGCCGUGAAGGCAGCCAUUGAGAGGCGUCAGCAGAGGGAGCAGGAGCUGCAUCUCAGGCUGGAGUCCUCCCAAGAGGAAGUAGCCAGGCUCCGGGAGCAGCUGUCUGGGUAUCGGCAGGAGCUGCGGGCCUCACAAAGGCUUCUGCAGGACAGGGCACGGGAGCAUGAGGAUCUCUUGGGCCAGCUGGAGGCCCAAAGGCAGGAGGCACAGCACAGCCAGGCAUCUAUCCAUCUCCUGGAAAGGGAGAAAGUAGCCCUGGAGUCAACCAUGAAGGAGCUAAGAGCAAAGGCAGACAUUCGGGAUGCGGAGACCCAGAAGCUGGAGGUCACAAAUGCAGAGCUGCGGAGAAGCCUCCUGCUGAGGGCAGAGCAGAAAGCCGAGCUGGCCCAGAAGAGUGAGCGGAGUCUGCGUGAGCUGGAGGCCAGCCAGGGCCGCCUGGAACAGCUGGAGGAGAAGGUCUCUGGGUUCAGGAAGGAGCUGGCCACGGCCCGGGAGGCACUCAGCUCAAUGCAGCUGCAGAGGGACAUCGUGGAGGCUGAAAGGGAGAGCCUGCGUGGUGCCCUGGCCCGGGCUGAAUCUAGCAAUGCUGAUUUGGAAUUGCUGGUGGCACGGCUGACGUCGGAGGGGACAGAGCAGCGGGACUCACUGGCCAAGAUGGCUGCCCUGACGGAAGGGCUUUCCCAGGACAAAGACACCCUAAACCAUCUGGUGCUUCAGCUGGAGCAGGAGAGGGACCAGCUUCGGGAGCAGCAGAAGAUGCUGGAGCAGGAGCAAGCCGGCGUCAGGGAGCAGCUGGCGCAGGCGGAGCGGCAGCUAGGCCUCAUUCGGGCUGAACGGAGAAGUCUCCAGGAGACGUGUGGGCACCUGGAGCAAAAGCAGGAACAUCUAGAGGGGCAGGUGGCCCUGCUUGGCCAGGAGAGUGCCCAGCUCCGGGAGCACGUGGGCCAGGUCACAUGCAAGAAGCAGGCCCUGGAGAAGCAGCUGGCGCAGAGCCUGCAGGACCAGGAGGCCCAGAUGGACAUCCUUCAGGAAGCUCUCCACGAGAAGAACACUCUGUCGGAGGAGCGGACCCAACUACUGGCUAAGCAGGAAGCCCUGGAGAGACAUCGUGAGCUUGUGACUAAGGAGGCAGCAGAUCUGAGGGCUGAGAGGGACUCUCUGGAGAACGGCCUCUUGGAGGCCCAACAGCUAACAACUCAGCUGCAGACCCAGCAGGAGCAGCUGGAAGGGGAGGCCCAGGCUGCUCAGCUCGCUCGCAGGGCUUUGCAAGGUGCUGUACUAGUGGAAAUGGAGCGGCUGAAAAGUGACUGGGAAGUCCGAGAGACGAAGCUGCGGUGGGAUCUGGGACAGCUGCGGCAGCAGGCCACACAGCAGGAGCAGGAGGCACAGCUGGCCUUGGAGCGCCAGGCGCUGGCCCACAGAGAGGACCUGGCCCGGCUACAGAGGGAGAAGGAGACCCUCAGUUUAUCCCUGGCAGAGGAGAAGGAGGUGGCUGCCCAGUGGAUGGAACGGCAGAAAGAGCUGGUGACAAGAGGCACAGCCGAGAGGGAGGCUCUGGAGGGGGAAAUUCAGAGCCUGAAGCAGGAGCGGGACGAGAGCCUCCUCCAGCUGGAGCACGAGAUGCAGCAGGCAAUGUCUCUGAAGGAAGCAGAGAAGAACCUGCUGAGCAAGGAGCUCUCUGGGGCCAAUAAGGAGCUGGAACGGACCCGUCAAGAGGCCCAGAACCAGCAAGCGCAAGCUGAGGCCACCAUCACCACCAUGACCACAGAGCUGAGAACUCUCCAGGUCCAGUUUGAGGAGGCCAUCUCCACCCACCAGAGAGAAGCUGAAACUCUGAGAGAGAAGCUCCGAGAGAUAGCAGCCGAGCGGAGCCGUGUGAGGAGAGAGGCUGAGGGGCUGCAGGCACAGCUGAACAUGGCCCAUGAAAGGCUGGCUGAACUGCGCCAAGAGCUUCAGGACAGGGAGGAGAGUCAGGAGGGGCUUCGCAGGGAGGCCUUGGAGGCCCGCCGGGCACUGGACGAUGAGGCUCAAGAGAAGGAUGUGCUGCAACACUCCAACACCAGGCUGCGGGCCACCAUCCACAGGGCUGAGCAAGAGAAAGCCAGUUUCAAGCGGUCCAAGGAGGAGCAGGAGCAAAAGCUGCUGGUGCUUCAGGAGGCCCACGUAGCAGCUCAGAAGGAAGCCUGUGAGCUGAGGGCCAGGCUGCAGGAGUUGGAACGGGCACAGGGGGAUACCCGCCGGAAGCUCCAGGAGCGCCACAGACAGGUAAGGACAUUGGAAGCUGAGAACCAGAGGAAGAGACGGGAGGUGCGUGAGCUGCAGGCCCAAGCCUCCAGGGAUGCACAGCAGCGACAGAAGAACCUGCAGCAGGCACUGGAGCUGCAGAGGCAGGUAGCUGAGUCCCAGGCUGCCCACGACGGUGCCCAGAAGGAGGUUCUAGGGCUACAGCAGAAGUUGGCUGGAGUCGAGGCAGCCAGGGAGGCCCAGGUAAAGCAGCUGGAGGGGCAGCUCUGUGAGAGCCAGAGGGCCGAGCAGACCCUGCGGGCCGAGUUGCGCAAGCUCACCAGGAAGCUACAGCAGGCCAGCAGCCAGGCCGACAGCCUUCAGGCCAGCCUGGACCAUGCCUGUAGCCGAGUGCACAUCCUGGAGCAGGAGCUGGCCCAGGCUGAGGGCGCUAGGCGCAAUGCGGAGGCCCAGCUGGGUCGGCUCUGCUCCACACUUCGCAGUGGCCUAGGGCUCCGGAGUCAGAGCCACUUGGCCUCUCCAGAGAGGUCCCGUUCUCCCACAACAGGCAGCUCCCAGACUCGCCCUGGACGGCAAAGGGCCAGCCCCACUACUCGAUCCUCCUCUCCAUCCCGAUGGCCCUCACCUGUACCUGGAGACCCUGACUCACAGAUCAUAGAUGUGGCCUCUGUAAGGGAUGCCCUGAGGGACUUGGUGCAAAAGCUUCAGGAAGCCCAGCAGGAGCGGGACAACUCUAGCAUCCAGGUGGCCAGUUUGAGCAGCCGGUUGAGCGAGGCAGAGAGUGAGCGCAUCCACCUACAGAGCCGUGUAGAGCAGCUACAGAGGGACCUAGCCGAUGCAGAGGAAGGCCAGCGCAGGGCAGAGGGUGCACUGCACAGUGCCCAGGCAGCUCAGGUCCUGCAGAAGGAGGCACUCCAGAGGCUGGAAGCAGAGCACCUGGCCAGCACUCGAGCUGCGAGUCAGGAGAGGCGGAGGAUGCAGGAGCAAGUGGACACCCUGCGCCAGGCCCUGGAAGAGAGCAGCAAGCACAGCCAGAGCCUUACAGAGAAGGGGAGGCAGCUGGGGCCACUGCAGCAGGUGCUUCUGCGGAGUCACAGGGAGCAGGAAGCGGCAGCGACCCAGCGGGCCGAGAGGCGAGCCCUGCGGGAGCAAACAACUUCACUGCGCACCGAGCGGGCCCGCCUGCAGGGGGAGCUCGCGGCGCUGCGCACGCGCCUCAUACAGACAGAGCAGGAGACCCUGAGGAAGGAGGAAGACACAGCGAUGUUGGGAGCCAAGAAGGAGCUGCUGCUGCAGUCUCUGAGCAGUCUACACCAGGAAGUAGACGGGGCCCUUCGUCAGAGCCAGCAGCUGCAGGCCCAGAUGGCGGAGCUGGAACAGGCCCACACCCAGCGGCUCCAAGAGCUGGCUGCCCAGCACCAGCGGGACCUGGCAGCUGAGGCCAAGAGGCUCCACGAGGCCCAGCUGCAGGCCACACAGGCUCUGGAGUCCCGUGAGCAGAUACACCAGCAGAGGGUGAAGGUCCUGGAAAGACAGGUGGCUAGCCUGAAGAAACAGCUGGACCAGGAAGUGUGGCGGCGGCAGCGACAGGCCCACAGCGACUAGACGACAUUCUGAGCUAAGCAAUGACUGCAGUUCCUUCCCUGCACCCCUGUGCUGGGUGGCCUGCACCAAUCAGCCAGGACAGCGGGCUCUGGGGUGGAUGUUGGGGCCCUGGGCUACUGGGGAAACUGGUGCUAUGCACACUAUACUAGAGGGGCCAAGUUCAACAAACAUUGGUGUGUUGUGAGAAGCUGCACGUAUAGGCAGCCACCAACCAAAGCACACUACACUACCAGUGCCUCCCCAGACUGCAGCAACCCUGCCUAUGGGGACCUCAGCCUCCCGCUGACCUGGGCCACAUUGUUGGUCACUGCUCUUUAAAACUUCUCCCUGCUGCAAGGAGCAGGGGCGUUGAUCACCCCUCAGCCCAUACCGGGCCUGGGGCUCCAUUUCCAAACUGGACCUGCUACUUGGGCCAGGCACUGGUGGCUGGGCCCUGUCAGACCAGCUCCCUUGCCAUGGGCUGCAUUCCAUGCCCUCAGCUCUGUAAACACUGGGAAACACAUGGAAAACAUUUCCACCAGCAAGAGCCAAAAACACAAUGUCCUGCAAGGCCGGCCACCACACCCCACAUCCAGAGGCCACAGAAUCUUCCACAUCCAGGAACUGCAGUCCCGGCUUGGUGGCAGGUGGCUGGAAAUGACUCAGAUGCAAGUCCCCUUGAUUCGCUGACCACAGGGGCAUUGGAGAUAUGAAGCUCUUCCAGCAUCUCCCAUUUCUACACCAAAAAAAAAAAAAAAAAAAAAUGCUGGAAAACACCAGUGGAGAACCCUGCUCUGGUUGCUAUGGAGACCAAGGCCAUCAUCUUAGCAGAGCCUGCUCCUGCCUCACCUGCUGGCAUCUGUAUCCCUCUCUCCUAUUUAGCACUAGCCAGAAUGACUUGUUUUCCCCUCCGACCAGUCUCUUUGGCAUUGUAAAUGGCACUUUCCAGUACCUCUAGGCUACCAGCCAGCCUGGUAAAUGCUUGCCUGCACCACAGGGUGCAGGUUGGCCCACAGCUUGUGCCUCCUCCAGGACCUCCCGAAGCAUCUUCGAGGACCCUGGCAUGGGGCAGGAAAGGCCAGAGGCUCCUGGAGCCCAUCCAGUCACAGUCAUGUAGCUGUGGCCAAGACAUGUGACAGCCUGUCAGUUCACUUCAAGAUCACCAGGGACUUAAAAUCAGCCAUCCUGGCAUCAGACCUUCGGUUGAACCUAGUAACCAGAUCCUGCACAGUCAAGGUGGGCAGAUAGGCUCGAUCACUGGUGACAGUGUUAAGAAGGAUCCUGAAGUUCAGCCCAGGCUCUGAAAGAGCACAGAGACCCAUUGGCAAUGGCUUCCCUGGACAAAUGAUAAGUUGGCAGUGGCACAGGUACCCUGAUAUGUGCCCACCUACAGUUGCCAGGUACCAGCCAACACUGAGCCUAGUGGAGGAGAGUGGAUGGCCUGUUCCAAGGACUGAGAAGCUGGGACUUCCUACUUGGCCUCACCUCCCUCCUUCCCUGGUCUACAGUUCUCUGGUGGUAGGAGUGAACUCCCUGCUCAAGGACCCCAGAGUGGCGCAGAAGCUGGAGAUGUCCACAGGAAGCCAGGGAGUUCCUCCACUGCUCAUUCCAGGAGCCCACGUGCAGUGUGGCUCUUCCUGUCCUUGCAGGACUCACUGGUGUCCCGGGGACACUGAUGGGAUUGAAGCUGCCAGCUGAGCGGGUAUCCUGGAAAUGUACCUGGAAGCGGAGGACACACUUCAGCAGGAAGAAGCCUGGAUACUUCUCAGCACCAAAGUGAAAGACACUGUGAUCUGGCCAAGGUGCUCCCUGGUGAUCCGGGGCCUUUACACUGGCUGCUCAGGAGAGCAUUCAGAGUACAGUGAGGCCUUCUGAGAGUGCCACGCUUUGAGUAUUUAAAUCAGUUCAGGGGAUAUUGUUCUUACUUAUUCAACAUAAAGGAAUGUGUUUGGGAAAAGAGAUGUUUUCUAAAGAAUAUAUUGCAUUUCUCUAAACAUUUUCUAAGGUGUGUGCACAUUGGUGUGUGUCAGAGUCUGUUGAUUACUGCUCUGGGCAGAGUGGUGGAAAUUGUGAAAGGCCUUCACAUCUGUGCUAUGAGACCACUGUUUGGGGGGAGGGGGGAACCUUGCAACUGGGCCAAGAUCAGAUAGGUAACUAACUAUUGGCAGCCAGUGGGUCAAAUCCAGGACCCCACAGCUCACUCCAUUCGGGCCUUGCCUCAGUCCGCCUGCCCAGUGGAGCUGCAAGCACAAACUAAAGAAGGUGGAAUGAUAUCCCUGGAUAGAGGCAAGGCCAAAGAAGGAGGCAGCUGGGGUGAACAAUUCAGACUAGGCAGAUGGUGGGGGACCUAGCCUUCUGGCUGUUGUCCUCCCCAGAGUUUGAGAGGA